AUGUUUUCGUCAGGGGAGCGCUUCUUCGGUUCCGUGCAACGGAAACUUCGAUAUAGUGAUGCGAGUUCUUCGGAAACAUCGGAGGCGCAACAGGGCGGCGAAUCGCCGACACUAUCGUGCAUUCUUCGAGAGCACACAGCUGAGCUGCGAAAGGCGCAGACGAAACGCCUCGGAGUGCGCCAGCGAGCAGCUGCCCGGCCGGCACUGCGUGAUACAACAAACACAGUGAAGACGGUUUCUGGUGAAGCGGGGGUUGCGGCGACGUCGGCAGCGCCCGAAACGGGACCGGGGGUCGAGGAAACCAAAAACCCGGUUGCGCCAGCGCCUUGGGUCCAAAAGCACUCGCCAGCUGCAAGAGCGCCGAGCCCCACGCGCGAUACCCUUACAGCAGAACGGCAACGUGUAGGUUCUCAGGGAAACAGUGCUCGUGGAGUGCCAGCGCGCACUUCGGCUGACACAGCUGUUGCACGGAAGCCAGCGCGCUGCCGAAACGAGUUGCGUGUUCAACCAGAGAACGAGUCCUCUGCUCCUGUCGCUGGUGCUGCACAAAACCAGAACGCCCAGCUGGUACUCGAGCUUGCCAAGCGAGAUGCUUUGAUCGCGUCGUUGCAACGAAGGUGUGCGCAACUUGAAAUGGACCUCGCCGACGAUCGGCAAAUGGAGCAACUGCUCGAUGGUUAUCGCGAAAAGCUGGAUACAGCUGCUGAAGAGAAUCGCACUCUAGAGGAGGCCCUCAGAAUAGAACGUCAAAAUCAGCAAGCACUCCAGGAAAAACUUGCAUCCUAUAAAGAGCGGCUCGCAGCAUGGCCAGAAAAGCUCCGAGCCGAAACGCGGGCCCUCGAGGCAACCCACGAAUAUCAGUCAAAGGAAGCGCGAUUGCGCAUACAGCGACUCGAAGCGGAGAAGCACCAACUGCAGGAUGAGUUGCAACAAAGCUGGGACACCGUCGCGAGUUUGCGAGCCGAGCUUGCGAGCGUGCGGGAAGAGAACGCGGAGGCCGUGCGCGAGGAGACCCAGCGCAUGCGCCGCGACUACGAGCAGAAGCUUCUACAAGCGCUCAAGGAGCUCGAAGAGCAGUUCGAUGCAUAUCGACAGGAAGCAACCGAGGCGCUCGGUCGGUGGCAGCGUCGAUGUAUCGAGAUGGAACGGGAGCAUUGCGAAAUGUCGGAGCUUCUUCGCCACUAUCGACAGAAAAGUGAAGCGUUGACUCGCUCCCGGGACGCGCUCGAGCGGCAAUUGCAGGACCAGAUAACAUUCGCCGCAACCACUAUAGAGAGCAAAGAGGCUGUCAUCGGACAACUCGAUUCUGAAAUAGAGGCUCUGCAGAACCGGAUUGGCGAACUACAGGCUCAGAUCGAUGACCUGGAACUUGGAGAUACUCCAGCUGGGAGCGACGAGCUCGCUAUCUGUGCCGCAUCGGCGCCACGUCGUACGACCUUGACCCGGUAG